GUUUAGGCUAGGAUCUGUUUCCGGAACCAAGCACACACACACACACACACACGGGCACAUACACAUACACAUACACAUGCACGUGUGAGGGAAACCUGGCGUGUUUCACUGUGCGCGCUGUCCUGAAUCUCAUCAGACGCAGGCCCUGCAUUAAACUCACCGUUCGGCCCGUCAGUAAGUGUCUGUGUGUCUCCAGCAACAGGGAGGCGAGUGUCUCCCAUAUCCUGCUACCUCAGUUUAGCAAGCACGUCUGCCUCUGUGUCCCUUUUCACAUAGCAUGGCAUCCAUUGAGGAAUCAGAGCCCAUGCUGGUCACCUCACAAGGGGGAGAAAAGAGGGUCUGUCCCGAGAAGGGGGAGGAGGAAGAGGGGGACUUACCUCCAAAGAGACCCAGAGUUCAGAAUGACCAGAAAAAUGGAGGCCAGUCCCAUCAAGAUGAGGAGGAAGAGCCAGAGGGGAAUGGAAGUGAGGGGGAGGACGGAGAGGAAGAUGGUGAAACCUUUGCAGAUAUGAUGAAGCAUGGCCUCACAGAGGUGGACGUGGGGAUUCUGAAGUUUGUCAGUGACCACGAGGGCUUCUCCGGCAUCCUGAAGGAAAGGUAUUCUGAUUUUGUGGUGCAUGAGAUCAACAAACAAGGCAAGACGGUGCAAUUAGAUGACCUCUCCAUUCCUCCAGAGGUUGAGGAGGUCCAAGAGGCUCAGCAGCAGCAGACAGAUGAAUCUGAUGUGCUGACGGAGGAGCAGAAACAGCAGCUUGGGGAGCUGCAGCUCUUCAAGAACAAAGAGGGCAAUGUCUCAAUUGAAGUAGAGGAUGAUACAAAAGAGAAGCGGACACUGAUCCACAAAGCCAUCAAGACUCAGUUUCCUGGUCUGGAGACAAAGACGGAGGAGAGGGAAGGUCACAAGUUCAUAGUGGCCUACCAUGCUGCUGGGAAGAAAGCUCUAGCAGAGGUCAAAACAGCUACAGCUCCAAGGAAACACUCCUGGCCUAAAAAACGUGGCAGUUUCUGCCAUUUUGUCCUGUACAAGGAGAACAAGGACACCAUGGAUGCUAUCAAUGUGCUCUCCAAGUUCCUCAGGCUUAGACCCAAUUUAUUCUCCUACAUGGGGACCAAGGACAAGAGAGCCAUCACUGUACAGGAGAUUGCAGUUCUCAAGAUCACGGCAGAGAGGUUGGCCCACCUCAACAAGUGCCUCAUGAACUUCAAGCUUGGAAAUUUUUGUUAUAAAAAUCACCCUCUUAAGCUGGGGGAGCUGCAGGGAAACCACUUCACUGUGGUCAUCAGGAACAUCUCAGGGACACAGGAGCAGGUGCAGCAGGCCAUGACAUCCCUCAAGGAAACAGGUUUCAUCAACUACUAUGGCAUGCAGCGCUUUGGCACCACAGCUGUGCCGACACACCAGGUCGGCAGGUCCAUCCUGAAAAAUGACUGGAAUGAGGUGGUGGAUUUAAUUUUGAAGCCUCGACCUGGAGCGGAGAAAGGCUACCUGGUGCGCUGCAGGGAGGAGUGGGCCAAAACUCAGGACCCGGAGGCAGCCCUGAAAAAACUUCCAAUCAAGCGCUGCGUGGAGGGGCAGCUGCUGCGAGGCCUGUCUAUGUAUGGCAAGAAGAACAUCAUCACUGCCUUUGGACUGAUUCCCAGAAACAACCGUCUGAUGUACAUCCACAGCUACCAAAGUGUGGUAUGGAACACCAUGGUGAGCCGAAGAAUCGAGGCCUUUGGUUUGAAGGCUGUGGAGGGCGAUCUGGUGCUCAGAGGAGGCACGGCACACCACCUGACUGCAGAGGAAGCUGAGAGUCAUUCCAUCCAUGACAUUGUGAUGCCUCUGCCUGGGUUUGAUGUCAUUUACCCUUCUCACCAUGUGGGUAAAGGCUACAGGGAGAUGCUGUCUGCGGACGGGCUGGACAUUGACAACAUGAGGCACAAAGUGAAGGACUACUCUCUGGCCGGAGCGUACCGACGCGUCAUCAUCAGACCCAGUGAUGUCAGCUGGGAGGUGAUACAGUAUGAUGACCCCAAGAUCUCCCUGGUCCAUACUGAUGUGGAGAAACUGGAGGACAAGCCUGCCCCUGUCUUCAACACAGAGGGGAAGUAUCGGGCUUUGCGUAUGGAGUUCUCCCUGCCUCCCUCAACUUACGCCACUAUGGCGAUCCGAGAGGUUCUGAAGAUGGACACCAGCAUCAAGAACCAGACGCAGCUCAACACCACCUGGCUCAACUGAGACUAUAACACACAACGGCAAAUACUGACUGCUGUUACAGGCUGCAAAGCAGCUGAACACUGUGGCUACUUACUGUUGUGAGUGUUUUAAAAGAAAUGUGUUGAGUGUGUGUGAGUGUAGGAGUGAUUGGGUUCUUUGUCAACUCAGAGCUCACUCCUUGUAGCUUGUUAGAGUGGUGAGUUAAACUAUGACAACCACAUAUUUAAAAAAUGUAUCAUUCAGAACUUUUUUUUAAAUCAGAAAGUUUUUACUUUGUACGCUAAGGCUUUCCUGUACUGCAGCUAAGUGAUCUCUUAUAUUUUGCUUAAAAAAGACAUUUAAAUUAAUCUUGUGGUGCUUUCAUGGACCAUUCAUGCAAGUAUCCUCUUCAAGCUCUGCUGCACAGGGUACAUGGUGUGUACUGUUUGUACAGAAACAUUAACUUUUUUUUUUUUUUUAAAUAUAUGUGACUGUGAUUUGAAAACACUUCAGAAGAGAGAAUUAAAAAAAUGUUAAAGGUAAGAAA